UACAGUGCGUGCGGCGUCGGGUCACAUGAUCCAACGGACAACAUGGCGUCGGUUGCAGACAUGUUCGAUGUAACCUGGGAGGAAAUGCGUGACAAGUUGAGGAAAUGGCGAGAUGAGAACUACCGGAAUAGUGACCAGAUUGCAGAUGUUGGUGAAGAGUUGAUCAAUGAUUAUGCUUCAAAACUUGGAGAUGACAUUUGGAUUAUUUAUGAACAAGUGAUGAUUGCUGCCCUUGACUGCAGUCGUGAUGACUUGGCAUUGCAAUGUCUGCAUGAACUCCGCAAACAGUUUCCAGGCAGCCACCGGGUGAAGCGAUUGACUGGCAUGCGAUUUGAAUCCCUUGAAAGGUAUGAUGACGCCAACAAGAUGUAUGAUGGAAUAUUACAAGAAGAUCCAACAAACACAGCAGCACGGAAGCGUAAGAUUGCCAUUCUCAAAGCCCUGGGGAAAACCACUGAAGCCAUCAGGGAGCUGAAUGAGUAUCUGGAACAGUUUGUUGGAGACCAAGAGGCAUGGCACGAACUAGCGGAGCUUUAUAUCAAUGAGCACGAUUAUGGGAAAGCAGCAUUUUGCUUAGAAGAACUUAUGAUGACUAACCCUCAUAAUCACCUGUACUGUCAGCAUUAUGCUGAGGUGAAAUACACCCAAGGUGGACUUGAAAACCUGGAAAUCUCUCGCAAAUACUUUUCCCAAGCACUGAAACUAAACAACAGAAACAUGCGGGCAUUGUUUGGGCUGUACAUGUCUGCAAGUCACAUUGCAUCUAAUCCUAAAGCCAAUGCUAAAAUUAAAAAGGACAACAUGAGAUAUGCUACUUGGGCAGCUAUGCAGAUCAACAAGGCUUAUCAACUUGCAGGUCGAGGCAAAAAGGAGAACAAGAAUUCACUAAAGGUUGUGGAGGACAUGCUGGAGGCUUUGCAGAUCACACAGUCAUGAAAUCAUUGCUCUUGGUUGGAUCUUAAUCGACCUACUUCAGUGUGCGUGUGGGACCUCGUAUCUUCAGCACACUUUGCUUGUUUCCACCGCCACCCCACCCACCAGCUCCUCUCCUCUCUCCACCACCCCCUCUGGCUCACCACCACCCCACCCCUCACCUCAGUGACUUGGCCAAAAAACUUAUUCUGUGAAUGUAGUUAUAACUUUGGCUGCCAGUGAGUCGAUAUUUUACACCGGUGACAAGUAA